CUCAUCGGAGACGGCAAAGGAGCGCGGUGGCAGCGCACGGUGUGCAUGCGUGCGUGUCUGUGUGACGGGGGAGGGAUGUGGAUGAGGAGCGGGCUCUCUUUCUUUCUCGCAGGGCUCAGUUAAUCCUGCUAUCAGGCGCUGGUAAGCAGCAGUCUCAGCGCUGGAUUCCGAGAGAAGGAGACGCGCAAUCCAGAAGGCGCAGCAGAGGGGAGGCGAGAGUGGCAGCUAAAGAGAGCAGAGCGGGGGAAAAAUCAAAUCUAUGCUCGGAACUGGGCUUCUUUUUCGCCAAUGCAAAAGGGAAUAUGCAGCACUUUUUUGCCUUCUUCUGCACCAGUUUCCUAGGGGUGGUGUUAGGGGCCAAUUUCCCCAACAAUAUCCAGAUAGGGGGGUUAUUUCCUAAUCAACAAUCCCAGGAACAUGCGGCUUUCAGGUUUGCGCUGUCUCAGCUCACGGAACCCCCUAAGCUCCUUCCCCAGAUCGACAUUGUGAACAUCAGCGACAGCUUUGAGAUGACAUACACCUUCUGCUCACAGUUCUCCAAGGGUGUCUAUGCCAUCUUUGGAUUUUACGAGAGGAGGACCGUCAACAUGCUCACAUCUUUCUGCGGGGCUCUCCACGUCUGUUUCAUAACACCCAGCUUUCCUGUCGAAACAUCCAACCAGUUUGUUCUCCAGCUUCGCCCAGAGCUCCAGGAUGCCCUCAUCAGUGUCAUCGAACACUACAGCUGGCAGAAGUUUGUGUACAUUUAUGAUGCUGACCGGGGGCUGUCAGUCCUGCAGAAAGUGCUGGACACUGCAGCUGAGAAGAACUGGCAGGUGACAGCUGUCAACAUCCUGACGACAACAGAAGAGGGCUACCGCAUGCUGUUCCAGGAGCUGCAGAAGAAGAAGGAGAGACUGGUGGUGGUGGACUGUGAAUCCGAGCGGCUGAACAUCAUCCUUAGCAAGAUCAUCCAGCUUGAAAAAAAUGGGAAUGGGUACCACUACAUUUUGGCAAACAUGGGAUUUAUGGAUAUUGAUCUGACGAAAUUCAGGGAGAGUGGAGCCAACGUCACUGGCUUCCAGUUGGUGAAUUACACGGAUACUGUUCCUGCCAGGAUCAUGCAGCAGUGGAGAAAUAACGAUGCCAGAGAGCUUCCCCGUGUGGACUGGAAGAGGCCAAAGUACACUUCGGCCCUUACGUAUGAUGGUGUCCGGGUGAUGGCUGAGGCGUUUCAGAACCUGCGGAGGCAGCGGAUUGACAUCUCCCGACGUGGCAAUGCUGGGGACUGCCUCGCCAAUCCAGCUGUGCCCUGGGGACAAGGCAUUGAUAUCCAGAGAGCGCUGCAGCAGGUCCGUUUUGAAGGAUUGUCUGGCAAUGUUCAGUUUAAUGAGAAGGGGAGGAGGACCAACUACACCCUCCAUGUGAUUGAAAUGAAACAUGACGGGAUCAGAAAGAUUGGUUAUUGGAAUGAAGAUGAGAAGUUAGUUCCAGUAGCCAUAGAUACUCAAACCGGCAACGAGUCCACGAGCCUUCAGAACAGGACGUACAUAGUCACCACGAUCCUAGAAGACCCAUACGUGAUGCUCAAGAAGAACGCCAACCAGUUUGAAGGCAAUGAAAGGUAUGAGGGCUACUGUGUGGAGCUUGCUGCUGAGAUUGCAAAGCAUGUUGGCUACCACUACAGGCUGGAGAUUGUCAGAGAUGGGAAGUACGGAGCCAGGGAUCCUGAGACCAAAAUAUGGAAUGGCAUGGUGGGAGAACUUGUUUAUGGGAGGGCUGAUGUGGCUGUGGCACCAUUAACCAUCACUCUGGUUCGAGAAGAAGUUAUAGACUUUUCCAAACCCUUUAUGAGCUUAGGCAUCUCUAUCAUGAUAAAAAAACCACAGAAGUCCAAACCAGGAGUGUUCUCUUUUCUGGACCCUUUGGCCUAUGAAAUAUGGAUGUGUAUCGUUUUUGCCUACAUUGGAGUGAGCGUCGUCCUCUUCUUGGUGAGCCGCUUCAGCCCUUACGAGUGGCACACCGAGGAGUUUGAGGAAGGACGGGACCAGCCAGCCAAUGAUCAGACAAAUGAGUUUGGGAUAUUUAACAGUCUCUGGUUUUCCCUGGGUGCCUUUAUGCAGCAAGGAUGCGAUAUUUCUCCAAGGUCUCUCUCAGGCCGCAUAGUUGGAGGUGUCUGGUGGUUCUUCACUCUCAUCAUUAUCUCAUCCUACACUGCUAACCUGGCUGCCUUCCUCACAGUGGAAAGGAUGGUUUCUCCCAUCGAGAGUGCAGAGGACUUGGCCAAGCAGACGGAAAUCGCCUAUGGGACCCUGGAAGCUGGCUCCACUAAGGAGUUUUUUAGGCGAUCCAAAAUAGCAGUGUUUGAGAAGAUGUGGACAUACAUGAAGUCAGCUGAACCCUCCGUUUUUGUGAGGACAACAGAAGAGGGGAUGAUCCGGGUGAGGAAGUCGAAAGGAAAGUAUGCCUACCUCUUGGAGUCCACCAUGAACGAGUACAUCGAGCAGCGCAAGCCCUGUGACACCAUGAAAGUGGGAGGGAACCUGGAUUCCAAAGGCUAUGGUAUUGCAACGCCAAAGGGGUCUGCACUGAGAAACCCAGUAAACCUGGCAGUAUUAAAACUGAAUGAGCAAGGCCUCUUGGACAAAUUGAAAAACAAAUGGUGGUACGACAAAGGAGAGUGCGGCAGCGGGGGAGGUGAUUCCAAGGACAAGACAAGCGCUCUGAGUCUGAGCAAUGUGGCUGGGGUUUUCUAUAUUCUUGUCGGAGGCCUCGGGCUCGCCAUGCUGGUGGCUUUGAUCGAGUUUUGUUACAAGUCCAGAGCUGAGGCGAAGCGAAUGAAGGGUUUUUGUUUAAUCCCACAGCAAUCAGUCAACGAAGCCAUACGGACAUCAACCCUUCCCAGGCCGGCUGCAGCAGGAGGCAGUGGAGAAAAUGGACGUGUGGUCAGCCACGAUUUCCAAAAAUCCAUGCAGACUAUCCCGUGUAUGAGCCACAGCACUGGCAUGUCCCUGGGAGCCACGGGAUUAUAAUUGGCCUUUUGAACCAUUGCCUGGGUGAGAGCAGGGACAGCCCAACUCCACCCCCUCCAGAGCCAAAAACAAACCCAACACCAACAAGACAAAUGACGAUGACAGAAGGGACAAUUGGAUGGAUCUUCUCGAGGAAAUCAAAUCUAUUUCCCUUUUUCUUUUGCAAACAGAUCCACUGGCAGGAGAACAGAAACAGGUCUGUACUGCAAUAAGGAGAGCAUAAUGGGAUUUAACAGACUCGUUAACCAUCCCUGAUCAAAGAACCACUGGAACACUAAUGAGGACUAUGCCAUUUUGUUUUAACUUGGUUGUUAAUAAGUCUUAGUGUGUGCAAUAUAUACUUUUUUUUUCUUUCUUACUAAUUCCUGUGGUGUCAGGGUAACAUCAGUCCUUUCCCCUUUUCCUGCUCAGCCCUUUAAUCUGGUUUAGUUCAGGAUGCAAACUGUAACAUCUGAGCUACUAACAGCAAAAAGAAAUUCCAAUGAAUGACAAGUUGAACUCCCAGCAGGGUGUCAGCGUCAACCCCUUUUGUCUAUCGUGAUUCUGUUGUGAAUUUGGGGUGUGGAGUUAUUGCAACAAGGCAGACAGCUGCGAAUGGCUCUCCCUGCAACAGGAAGGACUCAACACAAGAAGAAACUGAAAAAGAAUGUGAGGCUGUCUUACAGUGGCAAAGAUAUGAGUGAGUUUGGAAACCCCAGGUAACCUGAUGAUAAAGUGUUGAUUCUUCCAGAGAUGGUGAGUGGCAGUUCGAGAGAAGGAUCAUGUGCCUGGAGAGGAGAGCAUCUUGCAUGGCGUAUUAGAACAGGUGGCUGGUCUAAGAUCAUGGUAGCUGCUAUUUAUGGAAGAGAGAAGAUAAAUGCAGUAUUCCCCUUACAUGCCACUCUCCUGCCUAGGUUACUGGAGGCUAAUAAGCAAUUGUGAACCCGUUCUUCAUUGCUUAGCUUCUGUGUAUGCUCCCUCUUUGGUGGUCACAUAAGGGAACCACCUUGAGCCGGGAAUAUCAUCUCAAGACAUCCAGUUCUAGAUGGCUGCCUAUUAACCAGUAAAACACACUAGAAGUCAUGGGGCUGCAAUGGGAAUAACACAGCUUAUUUUGCUCUGAAAUCCCUGUAUGGCCAUUUUUCUAGUUAAAAGGGACAUCUUUCAGACAAUUGGCAGGAGUGGCUUUCUGGAAGGAACUGCUGAAGCAAAUGUGAAGGAGAUCCUAUAAGAGCUUCAUUCAAGCAUCCAUGACAUAUGAUUGCAUCAGAGCUGGUCAGACUUAGCCUUCCUGUCAAGCUGUGGUCUGUUCUCUGGGUAAUAUGCCAAACGUAGCAGAUUCCCACUCGUGUAUCCUUAGCGAGGGGAAAGCAUCCCCAAGCCAGGAAAGCAGAUUGCUGACACCAAACUUGAUAUUGCAGAAACCCGUACUGAGGGACAGGUUGCUGGGAGCCCAGCUACAGGAAUCAAAGGGACAAUGACGGCUUUCCAGAACCACAGAAAAGAUUCAUUCUGUGAAUCUUUGGCAUGGACAAACACUUCCCAUCCUGGUGGGCCUGAGAUGCUUCCCUGGAAGUGAAGAAUCACCAGGGGAGUAUUUAAAGCAAGAGAAGAUCUGCGGGGCAGGGACCACAGUGAAUCCACUCAGCCUUGUCCCAUCACCGAUGGCACAUAAAGUUCAAAGCUUCUCACAGGACUCAGCAAAUAUCUGCCCAGGGACUGAGCUGCUAUCGGAGCAUUCUGAACUGCUUUUUUCUCUCUCUCUCUUUUUUUUUUUUUCCUUCCUGCAACGUAGCAAGUGAGGAUCAGAAAAGGAAGAGAUGCAAGUGAAGACAAAGUUAUACAGGCAAAUGACUGGCACAAGUUUAUGAGGAGGAUUGGUCCAUACAGCUGUCCAUAGGGCUGGAAACUGCCUGAACACCAGUUUCCAUUAGUGUACUCUGUAGAGCAAUACGUUUACCACCUUUAACACCAGCCUGGUCCAAAGUAUCUGUUCCAUCUACCUGCUUGUCUUGCAACGCUUUGGACACCAGCAAGUCAAAGAGUCAAGGUCUGAAGCUCAGGCACAGCAUGCCUUGUGCCAGUGUGUUUUCCACUGCUGGAAACCCUUGUGGUCUUCACCUCUCAUCACCAAACAUGAGCUCUGUCAUCAGCUGCUCCAAACACCUCUACGAGUCACUUUGUGUUGAUUAUCGCUAUUUUUAGUCCACUUUCUUUUCCUUAACUUUAACUUCAGUCCUAAGUAAGCACUAACAUGGUCGGAGCAAUCCUUCAAGCUAGCCUGCUUCCAUGUCUACAGCUCUCAGAGUCAUCUCCUGUCUCAGCUCUUGCCACAUCCCAGAAAAGGCUGACAUGCCCUCCAGUGCUCUGUCCUCCUCCAAAGACAUGAUCACCAUGGUGGCAGGUCACAGGGAGCCCAGCUGGGCAUGCAGACAUCGACGGCAUUGUGGGCAGCAGUGCGCCUGUGCCAGGACUGGCUACCUGUGACAUGAAGAUGUGGGAUGCGGCCUUCAGGUCUUCAAAAGCCUUUGAUCAGUGACGGGGUUUAAAAAAAAAGAAAAAAGAAAAAAAAAAAAAAAAGAGGAAUAGGACAAAAGCGUGGAAAAAUGUUAACUUGUAAUAUGUAUUUUUACUACACUUUUCUUAAAAAUAGAGUAAUGGUCAAACUCUUAAAGACAUUGACAUUUUUUUUCUCAACAGGAAUCCAUAUUUAACAGUUUUGGCUUUCAUUAAAUUUUGCUCUUUGGUACCUGGAUCUUUUAUUUACCAGCUAUAUUUAUUUUAACUCUUUUUUUAUUUGAUUUUCCUUUCUUUUUCUUUUGUCACUUCUGCGCAGGAUUUUGCUUUAACAAACUGAACGGUGUUUUUAUUUUCACAUUCUCUUUUCGACACUUUUAUUGGCAAUUAUUAUUUACACAAGAGUGAAACUAUCAGCUGGAAUUUUAGCACCACGGAUCCAUGAUCCAUUUUUCUUACCUGUCCCAUGCUGUUUUGUGCCAGUGCUGGAUGUAUGGAAGUGAAAAUGAUGUUACCCCUCAGGCAAUAUUACCCAACCUGAAUCAAACAAAAUUUCCUUGAUUAUUGCUGUGUCUGACUUGUGAACAGCAGCCAAAUAAACUACUUCAGGUUGAAAUUGGGAAUCUAUCUAAUAUUUUCCCAAGAGUCAGGAAACUGAACAUUCACUGGGUUCAAAGUUAAGUAUUUUAAUUCUUGUUCAGAGUUCUAUGAGGUUAUUUUCUGAGGAGGGCAAUUUCAGGAUUUUAGCUUGUUUUUACUGAGGGAAGAUCUAGUCAGCUGAGGGAGAAUUCAGAACCAGCACUGGUCCAAAAAUCCAUGCCAGGAUUGGUUUUCCUGGGAGCUGUCAUGCUGUUUCAGAAGCUCAAACAUUCAAGAUGUUUCUCACUCAAUUGUCAUGCAAUUAACCUGCUUAAUUCCUCUUUCAAAAGUCUGUUGAAGUGGGAAAUAGAGUGGGAUUUAAAGCAUCGUGGACAGCUGCCAAUGCUAACUGCUAAUCCCAAUUCUACACUAGUGCCACGCUCUGAGGUAGCCCUUGUUGUCACAAAUGUGGAAGGACGCCCCUUCCCCAUGGCACCAUUCCUGUGUGUUGGCCGGGGAAGCCGAGACUCCCAAGUGCCUUUAGCCGGGCAUCUCAGCUCACCCCGCAGGGCUGUGGUUAUAGACUCAAGUUCUCCAACAUUCCCAAGGGGGUUUCACCCACUGGUAAGUUUUAGGAGGUCAUCAAGGGUCAGAAUUAAUGGAAAUAGGUUGUGAACCCUCAGACUUCAAAGCACAAGAAACUCCAAAUCAAGGGGUCUGAGAGAAAAGUUUUCCAUGGGCAGACUAUUCUGCAUCAAUACAUUUUGGUCUUCCGCACUUGUUUGGACAACCAGUACUGUAUGAUGAGCUUGGACCUCAUCUCAAAAUGGUCUCCUUGUUCCUUCAGUGGUUUGCUCUUCAUUCCCAGUAAGGUUGCAAAUAUGCACAAGAAAUUUUCCUUUAUCUCUUGACAAAAGCAGGACAAAAUUCCCUUUCUGCAAAAGCAAAUAUCCCUUAUGAGAAAGUCUCCAGCGAAAAUAAAACUAUCUUCAACAGCUGAUGAAGCAAAUAACACUGUAUACUGAACAGAUACAUCACCCAAUCCAUCCUUUUGCUAUGGGUUUUUAAACUCAGCACCAGGGCAGAAGGCUGGAAUGAAACAAAAGAUUUUUGUCUCGACUUGUUUGUGUAUGCAUAUACCUGCCUGCAAACACAGCAAAAAUCUCUCUCUUGUCUAAACUCAGUGAAGAGACAGGGCAGGGGCACAUACAACAACAUUUGCUGUAACCCAGUGGUCACCAUUAGAUGUCUUGAUGCAUGAUUCUAAUACAUUGGUUUGGGACAGAGGCACAAGUCAAAGCUCAAGUGACCCAUCAUAGUGGGGUGUGGGUAUUCUUCUCCAACAUGGCAUGGAGAUUGCUCUGAAGCAGCGCCUUGGAAAUAGGGUGGAUGGGUUCAGGCCUUUUCUAUCAGCAAAUGUACCAGAUUUACUGCACAUACCUUUCAGAAACUUGUUGUGGCCUGUUCUUUGAUGGCUGUUGUAGCUGCAGACAUCUCUACAAACAGAUUCCCCUGUUGCCUCUAUGUUACCUAUGAGCUCAGAUCAAUUUGCCAAACAUCACUGCUGGUUCUGUGGCUUGGCAGCCUGCUGCUGGUGCAAGACCUCAUGCCUGCAUCUCUGGUAGCCAGUUAAUUAAUAGAAAAACAGUGAUGUCAUUGCCAUUCAUGGCAGCCCAUUUAUCUGCAGCAGGGCAGGGCUUUGCAGGGCAAAAUCCGCAUGCAGAUCCCAGUUCAAAAGAUGCUAGUGCCAAAACUGCUUGUGCUCCAAGGAGACUGUUGGUCAUGUUGCUCCAGCACCACCCCUUUAUCUCCAUCCCCAUCUCUCCUUCCUUUGUCCAUUAGUCCCACCUACAGGACUGCAACAUGUAGGCUGUGCUAUGUAUGCACAUGGUGGUGGUAUUCUUAUGGAUAGCUUUGUAACACUACAUAGCCAGCACAUGAACUCUUUGGGAUGGGAAGAGAGAUGUGAAUCCAGUUCUGCCUAAGGCACAAGUGAUCUCACAGCCUAUCACACCGCUGGGCAGCAAGGAGACAUCAGUGGAGUGGUGCACACUUCAAUGGCCCAGCUGCAAACAGAGUUGGGAAAGGAUGGCAGAAGGUAGCAAUGGCUGUAAUAAGCACGUUCCAUACAUACAAAUAGCACGUGAAACCUGGGUGGGAAUUAAAAAUAUGGCAAUCCAAGACUCAGCUAUGCAGCAGUCCUAAUGCCAUCGACCUCGUCCUCAACAACAAAAUUCAGGUAGAAAUGAAAGAGAAAGCUGAAAGAAAGAAAAUACAAUAUCUUACUAGCAUAGGUAGGAUGGAUUUACAGGAGUCACAAAGGAACGGUGACCCCAUUUCUCUGCAGGAAUACAUCUUCCAAGUCACGUAAAGAAGGGCAGAAGUCCUUUGAGGGACUCCUCACAGCUUAGGGCAUGCAGCACAGUGCAUCCUUCUCCAUCCUGUGCAGAAAACAAGUCAAGGUGGUGCACACUCUCCCAGGGAGUCAUCACUGCACUGAGCGCUCCCAGCUCAGGGCAUCCUCUGCAUUGGGCUGGUACCGAGGGAGCUCCUGGCCAUGGACAAAGGGAGAGCAGUCCCCAGAGCAGGGAAAUGCAGCAAUUCUCACCUCAACAGGGGAUACUGAGAAGUUUAAUUAGCCAGUGUUUGCACUAAUUGGGUAAUACACACACAUAUACAUACUCAUAGAUUAAGAGAAGCUUUUGAUGGCUCAAAUUAGCUGUCAAGGUACCUCUUCAUUCCUAAGGAUCAAUAUUGUAUAAUGUAACAGCACAAAGUGUGUUCAUUACUCUGCAGGGCUGGUUUAACAUGCUGUCUGGAUCCCUUUGGCAGCAUUUCCUCCUCCGUUUGAGCUGGCAUCAGAAUUAAUGGCAUGUCGUGUUCUAUAAGUCCUGACUUUUUAGAUGAAAGGUGCACAGUGUUGUUCGCAUCAGUAUUACAGCGUAAUAAAUCGAUGCUUUCCUGUUGGAAGGGAUUCAGACAAUUUCACAACUUGCUCUCAGGAACUCAAAAGAUGACCUAUCUGCCAUUGGGCCACUGGAAAAAGAAAACAAUAAUAAUAACAGUUGCUGUAUGCUGUGAGUAGGGCUCUGGAGCCAAAUAUCAAUCCCAAAGCUCCACCAGGCCCUGUUGCACAAGGUAGCGCACAGCUCAAGGAAACAAUGUCUCACCACCAGGAAAUUGUGGGGUAAGGACAAAGCCUGAUCUCAUUCACCAAAAAGGAGCAGAGACAAAAGCAGAGUGCCAGAGCUUCUGGAAAAACAACAGGAAAGGGGAACAGGAGCAGAGACCGAGCAUGCCAGGGCAGAGCAGCAGCAGCCACUGCUGGGCACUUAUUUAAUGACAUCUUUACAAAGUAAACCAUAAAUUCCUCUGAUCGCAGGAGCUCGUGUGCAAGACGGGGAGAGGCUGAACUUAAAAGAGAAGCCGUUUUGCUGCCUCAGAUUAGCUCAAACUGUGUGACAAGCUUUCCCCACUUCAAAACCAAUGUUGUUAGCUUCAAAAUCUGCAUUAUUAAUAUUUCAAUGUAAGUCCCAUCAGGAGCUGCCAAAAGAGCUCUCCUGGACUCGUGACAGCUCAUCGUGUUUGGUUCUAAUCGUAUAUGAAUGCAUGAGUUAAGAAGACAUCAUUAAAAGUACAUUAAGUUUAAUUAUGCUAGCAGCCACAGACAGUUGGAGCAUUGGCUUAAUGCAGGAUGCAUAAUUACAUCAGAGCAAAUCCAUGGGAUUCAUAUUUGUUAAAGAAAAUGCUGCUGGUCUGGUUGUGUCACUACAACGGGAUCGAGUUAAGGGAAUGGCUUUGGGGGCUGCUCCCACCCAGCCCUCCUCAGUAUCCCUGCACACUGCUGAGCCCUGCCGCAGCUCAUUGCACACCACGCUUCAUGAGAGCAUCACAAAGCCCCAGGGGGAGAUGGAGGGGCGCUGCUGGGCUGUGGAACCAGCCCAGGUCUCUCUGCAAGGGGCUGGCAGGGCCGAGCAGCUCACAGACAUGGGAGUGGAUGGGUGGAUGGAGUCACAGCCUGGUGCAGAGGGGAUGGAAAUAGACACUUCCAGCAUCCUGCUGCCCUUCUGUAGGUUCCAAGCACUGCUGGUUGCAAAGCAGGUUCAGACAAUUCUCAAACAGUGAAACAACAGAAAUAAAACAAAACAAAAAGAAACAAAACACAACAACCAAAGAGCUUCAGCUUCUCAAAGGGCCCAUUCAGCUCCCUCUGCCAACAUAGCCGGCAGCAGCAGGGCAAUGCCAGUGACACAGGGCUGUGGAACAAGGAAGGUGGCACAUCCUCAUAGCCAGCAGCACAACCUCACAGCCCACCCACUACUUCUCUCUGCAAGGCCAACAGCUGAGCCCCCCACCCACUCACCACAUCAGUGCUGGGAGUGCAUCCCUAUAGGAGAUGUAUGUUCCUAAGGUUCCACCGAGCCCUCUAACAUCUGCCCCGAUGCUGACCACAGCUGCUGUUGAUGCACUGUGGCCCUUUGCUGCCUCCCCUCCAUGGGGUCAGAGCUGCCACUGGGAAGCUGUAGCACAGAGGCACAGCACAGAAGGGCAGAUGGGCAGGAAACGUGACAUAAUGGAGCAGAAAUAUCUUGAUGGAGCAGAAGUCCCCAGCAGCCAAGGCUGGCUGCAAAUGGACAGCAAUUACUGGGUAGAAAAUAACAGAUUUCUAGGAAGAUUUCCAAAUAAAGUGCCCCUGAACUUAGUUUGGAGGAAAUCUUCAUUUCUAUUUAGCUUGGGUUUGUUGUUUGUUUGUUUGUUUGUUUUCUUUUUCCCUUUUUUUAAGAGAGAGAGAGGCAGAAAAUCCCCACCACUCAGCCCACUUUAUCCAUGCCUAUUUCCAUCCUGGCUAAUUCCAUCCCAUCCUCACCCUGCUCACGCAGAUGGGGGUGGCAUCACACAGGUGGGGCUGUGCCAUGGGACAGGACAAGACAGCACCCCGGGACCCAGCACCAUCCUGCACAAAGGGGCUGGAGAACCCCUGGGUCUUAGUUGCCAUAAAGGUGGUUUCCGCGCUCUCUGCUUUUCAGGGGUUUUAAUUGACAAAAAUGGUCAUCAGCAUUUCUAAUUUCAAUCUAAUAAACAUGGGGAAAUUCCGGCUA